CGCCUACGCGCUGCGGGGGGCCCGAAAAGUGCAUACCUCGCGUGCCUGGCUCCUUAGAUCAUCUACAGAUGUUUGCGAGGCACGAGUGUCCAUUCAGCAGCAUAGCGCCGACGUAUUUCUUGCGCUGUUAACGGUCCGUCCAGCCGCCGACGUUGGCCGGCGCGCGUGUGGCGUCUGUUGUUCCGUCUGCUACUAGUUAGUUUCGGUUCUCUGCUUGGGUCUCGCUCUGACUCUCACUUAAACGGGACAGCGCGAGAGCGCGAGCGCAUUCCCGAGGGGCCUGCUGCUGCCCUGCUAGAAGGCCUGCCUCCUGCUGCCUGUGCUCUCUCCUCCGGCGGCGAUACCUCCUCUGCCUCCUCCGAGUGGCUUCGAUCGGAGAAGCAACGUUGUCGACGCCGCGCAAAAGCGAGCAGCGGAGCCAGCAGGGGUGUCAUAUCGGCGUCGACCACCGAGCAGUGUGCGCGAUGCGUUCGGUGACCGUCGCGGGCCGCCGGCGUCCGCGGGCGUCGCAGCACGCGCUUGGCGAGCGAAGCGGCCGCGAGCCCGGCGCGGGCUGACUCCUCCGGCGGCGGUGAGCUCUCUCCGAUGGUCCGCGAGAGGCGACGACGCGACGACGUAAAGUCCACGAGGCUGCCGAGCCACCAUGGGCAAGCUGAAAGCGUUCGACAUCGUGCUGGACGGAUACCGCAGCGUGUACCACCCCGGACAGGCGGUGCGCGGCAAGUGCGUGCUCGAACUCAAGGGUGACAUGCGGCUGAAGGCGGUGCGCGUGUUCAUGCGCGGACUAGCAAAGGUGCAUUGGACCGAGUCGCGUAGCACGGGCAACCGGCUGGGUGCCUACACCGAGCACUACAACGCCGAGAUGGAGUACUUUUUCCAGGGGCAGACACUUUUUGGCUCUGAGUCGGGAGACGGCAGGGACGUACUUACCGAGGGCCACCACGAAUUCAACUUCACUUUCCUUCUGCCGUCAACCGGCGUGACCACCUCUUUCGAAGGCAAGUACGGCAGCGUGCGCUACUGGCUCAAGGCCGAGGUGGAGAAGCCGUGGUCCUUCAACCACAAGACCAAGAAAGCCUUCACAGUCAUCAGUCCCAUCGACAUCAAUCGCAACGAAUACCUGACGGCAGUGGAGAGCAGUGUGGAGAAGACGUUGUGCUGCUGGUGCUGCACUUCAGGCCCCAUCUCACUGUAUGCUAGGACAGACCGCAAGGGGUACUGCCCUGGUGAGUCCAUCGCCAUCACGGCUGACUUUGAGAACCUGUCUGGGCGCACGGUGGUUCCACAUGCAACGCUGCAUCAGACACAGACUUUCCUGGCUGGCGGAAAGUCACGCUCACGGCACUGUAAGUUCACCACAGUCACUGGCGUGGCCCUGCAACCUGGUCGCUCAGCCAACUGGGACGCCCAGCUGCUCAAGAUUCCUGCAGUGUCGCCCUCCAUCACCAACUGCUGCCUGAUUCACGUGGAGUACACUGUACGGAUCACCUUACAGAUUCCAGGAGCAUACAAUUUGUUUGUGGACCUUCCCAUUGUCAUUGGAACGGUGCCCCUUAGGUCCCGACCUCCACACUAUCGUGCACUGGGGCUCCCCAGCCAGCCACAGAUCCAUUUCUAUCCAGCUGCUCCUCCAUACUCAGAAGCAGACACGGAUGACGCACUGCCUGUUGAACCUCCGCCUACCUAUGCCGAGUGCAUAGAAGGCUCAGUGGACAUUGGUGACGACGAAGAUGGAGAGAUACUUGGAGACACACGGUUUACGCCAAUGUAUGCUUAUGUACAUGACUACCUGUACCACCCACCUCCAGCAUAUUCUGAGGUUGACCCCCACCCAUCCCGCCAAACAGGGGGAGCAGCCUGUGCUUCCCAUUGAAGAUUUAUCCAGUGCAAAUAUGUUUCCAGCGUGGACUGCGCAGGACACUUUUAUGAAGUGCCGUGCUAUAAUGACCAAGGUGCAGCAAUGAGGGACAGAGCAGUGGAGAGCAUAGUGCCUCAAAUCAUCUGUGUUACAGCUAUGUGUUCUUGUUUCGCAUCUACAUUGAUCAUCAUCGUCUCGUUUUGCCACUUCUCUGUGAGCUCAUGGGUCUUGAGUGCGUGUAACACCUAUGGAAUAUGAGAUGGACAUUGCCAAAGAUGUGCUCAGCCUCCAGCAAGGUGUCGCACUUCUGCGGCACUGCCAGUGUUGCCAAGCACCAACCUGUCAAGUCAGACCUGAAGUGCAACAGCACAUCCUCAGACAUGGACCCACAGGAUGACAACUGUUUCUAGUUCGGGGCCUGUCACUUAUAGCAUGAUGUCUAAAACUUUGUAGACAGUUUGCUGUGCUUUGACUGUGCCAACAGGGUGCUUGCAACAAAAGUAGAGCAGCUUAUGAAGACAAUAGAUGCCAAAAUCUCUUGACGACCAGGGUUACUGCACAGUGUGCCAAACACUGAGCAUGCUUUCACAGGGCAAGGCUGCUGCUCAUGAGACAGAAAUGCUACAAGUGUUGUGCUAUGUAGCUUGCACCUUUUCCAAUAAACAAGAGGUGCAUGGA